GGUGGCGAGCUCUGCCAGUUUGAAGUGACCAAGUUAAGUGGCCUGGGAAAGGCCAUUUGGUGCGCGGUCCAGCAGUUUUGGGCGCUCUCGGCUUCCGCCCUCAGCUGCGGUCACGUGCGGCUGCUCACGUGCCAGACGCUGCUGUCACUUCGUAGCUGUUCCGGCUUCCUCUGAGUGAGGCUCGCAACGUCUCCCACGGAGUCGCCUUCGUUCUGCUCUGGGUCUCCCGUGGCCACUGAGACCUCGGAGCUCGACCGGCGCCUGCCCGCCCGUGCGGCCCUCACUCCCCGAGGCUAUCCAGGUGAGGCCGCCUGGGGUCCCUCCCCGGCUCCGGAGAGCCGACUGGUUUCCCUGCCGGCCGCGCCAGGGUCUGCGGAGCCGCAGGGCCUUCCUCCCCUCGGAGGGAAGCAGAGAGCGCGGGGGUGGGCAGGCCUGGGCCGGGCCGGGCCGGGCCGGGAGAGCCGCGGGGGUCGGGCCGCCCGGGAAGGCUGCGCUGUGCCUUUGGUGCCAGCCUUGCCCGGAUGGAGCCGGUUUUACCUGGGACCCGCAGUCUGCGCCGACCUUGCUUGUUCAGGCAGCGAGUUCCCACAAAGAGAAAUCUAAGUUCCACACUGACUAAGCACUUCGGCAACGCGGAAUAGAAUUUGGGUCUGUGGGAAACAUUCAAAGUCAUAAAGUUUAGAUGACCAAGAUGGACAUUCGAGGUGCUGUGGAUGCUGCUGUCCCAACUAACAUCAUUGCGGCCAAGGCUGCUGAAGUUCGUGCCAACAAAGUGAACUGGCAGUCUUAUCUUCAGGGGCAGAUGAUUUCUGCUGAAGAUUGUGAAUUUAUUCAAAGGUUUGAAAUGAAAAGAAGUUCCGAGGACAAGCAAGAGAUGCUUCAAACUGAAGGCAGCCAGUGUGCUAAAACAUUUAUAAAUCUGAUGACGCACAUCUCCAAAGAACAGACAGUGCAGUACAUACUAACCAUGGUUGACGAUAUGCUGCAGGAAAAUCACCAGCGUGUCAGCAUUUUCUUUGACUAUGCGAAACGAAGCAAGAGCACUGCCUGGCCAUACUUCCUGCCAAUGUUGAAUCGCCAGGAUCCCUUUACUGUUCAUAUGGCAGCAAGAAUUAUCGCCAAGUUAGCUGCUUGGGGGAAAGAACUGAUGGAAGGCAGUGACUUAAAUUACUAUUUCAAUUGGAUAAAAACUCAGCUGAGUUCACAGAAACUUCGUGGCAGCGGUGUUGCUGUUGAAACAGGAACAAUCUCUUCAAGUGAUAGUUCUCAGUAUGUGCAGUGUGUUGCUGGCUGUCUGCAGCUGAUGCUCCGGGUCAAUGAGUACCGGUUUGCCUGGGUAGAAGCAGAUGGAGUGAACUGUAUAAUGGGCGUUUUGAGUAACAAGUGUGGUUUUCAACUUCAAUACCAAAUGAUUUUUUCAAUAUGGCUCCUGGCAUUCAGUCCUCAAAUGUGUGAGCACCUUCGUCGCUAUAAUAUCAUUCCUGUUCUAUCAGACAUCCUUCAAGAAUCUGUCAAAGAGAAAGUAACAAGAAUCAUUCUUGCAGCAUUCCGGAAUUUCUUAGAAAAAUCAACGGAAAGAGAAACUCGCCAAGAGUAUGCUCUGGCUAUGAUUCAAUGCAAAGUACUGAAACAGUUGGAGAAUUUGGAGCAGCAGAAGUAUGAUGAUGAAGAUAUCAGUGAAGACAUCAAAUUUCUUUUGGAAAAACUUGGUGAGAGUGUCCAGGACCUUAGCUCAUUUGAUGAAUACAGUUCAGAACUUAAAUCUGGAAGAUUGGAAUGGAGCCCUGUACACAAGUCUGAGAAAUUUUGGAGAGAAAAUGCCGUGAGGUUGAAUGAGAAGAACUAUGAACUCUUGAAAAUCUUGACAAAACUUCUGGAGGUAUCAGAUGAUCCACAAGUCUUAGCUGUUGCUGCUCACGAUGUUGGAGAAUAUGUCCGGCAUUAUCCCCGGGGAAAACGGGUUAUUGAGCAGCUUGGUGGAAAGCAGUUGGUGAUGAACCACAUGCACCAUGAAGACCAGCAGGUUCGCUACAAUGCUCUUCUGGCCGUGCAGAAGCUCAUGGUGCACAACUGGGAAUAUCUUGGUAAACAACUACAGUCAGAGCAGCCUCAGACUGCUGCUGCUCGGAGCUGAGCUGACCUGUUCAGCCUUUCUGCACUUCCCAUGGACCAGUGGAGUGAGAACCUCAGUCUUUAGGGUUAAAAGCAAAUAGUUUUUAAUUUAAUGAUUACUUCUUUUCUGUUGUAUAGCUUUUCCCUAUGGUAAUUCCUGGGAGAAUAAAAGUGUUUGCUUGUUAAAUUGUAUAAAAUUAGAUACUGCCUGUAUUAGAGAAAUAUUACUGUUACUUAUAUUCUUUAUGAUUUUUGUAUUUAUUGUCCUCUGAAAAUGAAUAUAAUUAAAGGAUUCUCACUCCAAACAUGUUCUUAAAUUUUGCUUAUUCCUAUUGUGGACUUUGAAUAAACAUCAUUUAUUUCAAAUAAAAAUUGGGAGAAGUGUUCCCAGGUGAUGAUGAGAAGUAAAUGUUUUGAAAUGAUCAUCUCCAUCCCCCUCCCCCUCCCCCUCUCUCUGUCUUUUGCUCUCACUCUCUCUUACUCUUUCACUCAUACGGACACACACAUAUGCACACAUACAUUCUACACCUUCAAGACAUUACAUAAUAACAGGUAUGUCCUGAGAAAUACAUUUUUUGGGCAAUUUAGUCACUUUGCAAACAUUACAGAAUAUAGGUACAUAAGCCUGCUCUUGAUUUGCCCUCUUGAUGUAGUGAAGACAGUAAAAGGUGGAUGAGGCUGUUGCUGUCAAAAUAUGGGAGAUUAUUUCACAGUAAACUUUAGGAGUACACUUUAAUAUAGUAACAAUAAGUAAAUAGACACAUGGUUAUUACCACUACCCACUGUAGUGUACUAUACAUUGUUCUGUAUUCUUUUUUUCUUUUUUUUUUUUUUUUUUUUUUGUAUUCUUAUACCACUGCGAGUCAGCACUUAACUCUCAUUAUCAGCAGCAUCACACAGGUGAGCAAGACCAAGUGCUCCAGUACCAGUAUCUACAACAUUGCUGUGUUUAGAACAUUUUGCACCGUUGUGAUUUUUAUGGCAUUAUCAUGGUAUAUGCAGUGUGUUAUUCAUGAAUGACUGUGAAGUUAAAAAAUUUAAACCUUGAAUAAAUUUUGUUAGACUUUGUAUA